AGAAGGGCUGGCGGGGAGAAGCCCCCAGGCAGAGGUGGGAUGGGGCGGGGCUGCCCCUCUGCCCCGCCCCCAGACCCGGGCACACCCGAGGGCAGCGACCCUAGCGCUUUGGCCGGUCUGGGAGGAGGCUCCGGGGCGCAGCGUACCACUACAGGGGCGGCCCCGGAUCACAUGGGCGGAGGCACCUCCCGGAGCUCCGGGCGGGCUCUCCCUAGAGCCGACGAGCCGCGGCGGCGGACAGAGCCACAGCUGGCCCCUCUUCGCUCAACUUGCGCACCGCGUCUUGUACCAGGGGGACUGGCGGCCCCGGCUGCUGGAGCCGCUCAGGUGAGGACAGCCCGGCCCGUACAGACAUGGCACUGACUGUGGACGUCAUAGGGCCUGCGCCCUGGGGCUUCCGAAUCACAGGGGGCCGAGAUUUCCACAUGCCCAUCGUGGUGUCCAAGGUGACUGAGCGAGGGAAAGCUGAAGCUGCCGAUCUCCGGCCUGGGGACGUCAUUGUGGCCAUCAACGGGGAGAAUGCAGGAAGUAUGCUUCAUGCCGAGGCCCAGAGCAAGAUCAAACUGAGCCCGUCCCCGCUGCGGCUGCAGCUGGACAGGUCUCAGUCAUCUCCUGGCCAAACCAAUGGUGGAAGUUCUCUGGAGCUGGCUUCCUGUUUCCAGAUCCCCGUGAGGACCAGAACUGACAGCCAGACCUCAGUAAGAUCCUCUUACUCCAGCCCAGCUUCCCUCAGCCCUCCGCCAUCCCGAAGUUCGUUUUCCACCCCUCCCCCAGCCAGCUCCCACUCCCUGCCAGGAGAGGUGGUGAACAACAGCAGUUUCCAGAGCUUGUCGUAUUCCCCAGCUAAUGUCUCUGUAGAACACCUGAACUCUGGGGGCCAUCUUAGCAGCCGGCAGGCUGGGCUUGGUCGAGCUGGCGACUCUGCUGUCUGGGUGCUGCCGCCUUCCCCGGGGGGGUUCCGAGGCUCCCAGUCUGCUAGCCCCAAACGAUCCUCCAGCCCCAAGCGCAGUGUGGACUUUGGAGGGGGAGGGCCUUAUCUAGAAGAAGAUUCUGAGGUCUUCAAGAUGUUACAGGAGAAUCUCGAGGCUCGGACCGCCCCUAGACAGUCCAGUUCCUUCAGGAUGCUGCAGGAGGCACUGGAGGCCGAGGAGAGAGAUGGCACUUCUGCUUAUGUGCCCAGCUCGCUGAGUCCGUUGGCUUCCCGGCCAGCUGGUACUGCCCAGACCACACCACCCAGACUUCACAUCUGUGAGAAAUGCAACACCAACAUCACGAACCAGGCUGUACGGAUACAGGAUGGGCGGUAUCGACACCCUGGCUGCUAUACCUGUUUGGACUGUGGGCUAAAUCUGAAGAUGCGGGGCCACUUCUGGGUGGGUGAUGAGUUGUUUUGUGAGAAACAUGCCCGGCAGCGCUACUCGGCUCUUCAUCCCCUCAGCUCCCACUCCUGAAGGGCCCUCCCGGAUCUCUUUCCUCUCCCCCCACUCCCAGACCUUUCAUCUGAGGAACUCUGCUGGGGGUCUUUGCCAAUGGGAAGCUUGUAUGGAAGAGGAGGUGGUGGGUAGUGGGAUCCUUGGGAGCUCAGUUUGGGGACUAUUUCAAGGAUGGAAUAUUUUUCUUUUCUGCCAGGCCCUCUGCCUCCAGGUGCAGGCGAUGAGGGCAAGCUCUUAGGCCCCAUUUAGAGAUAUCAAAGGUGGUUUUUCCUUUUCAAGGUGGGGACCAUGUCACAGGGUGAGUGGGCUGUGCACCAGUUGCUGAGCUCUUGGUCACACAUAGGGUGAGGGCUGAGUGGGGUACAGUGCAAGGCAAAAAUGAUUUGCUUUGAAAGCCAUUGCGUGUAAAGAUAUGGAAAUAUAUAUAUAUACAUGUAUAAAUAAAGUAGAUGAUACUGCAUCUCCCUCUUGGCCCUCUUCCCUCCCAGUAGUUUGAUUCCAGGCUUUAAAACUACAAGGAAAGGGUUCCUUAGUACAAACAGGUUUCCUUCUGAACUCAGGCAGGCGUGAGUGCUGGGUGACUUGUAGAGAGAAGGGUCCUCGGAGUGGGGUGGGGUAAGUCUGGAGGGUCUGCAGACAAACUAUGCUGGCUCCGGUUUUGCAUUCGGUGAACCAGGUUCAGGGUAUAUAUCAAUUACCAUUAAUAGUCUGAAAAAUAACACAUCUUCCCUUAAUACUUUGAAGUUUACAACUUCCCUGUAAGAUUCGUAGUUCAAGGCUUGCUUUUAUUUUACAAAUGGGAAUGAGGCUCAGACAUGCUUGUAGCCUUGGCAAUAAGUAAAUGGAAGACCUGGAAUUGAAUCCCGUAUCUCCUGACUCCACAUCAAGUGUUUUUGCCACUCUGCCAUAUGGUUUCAAUCUGGCAUAAAGUGCUCUGCCUGCAAUCUUGUAAACUGUAGUGAAGACUGGCUAUACCAUAGGUUGUCUGUGUAUGAGUAUGUAUGCAUACAUGUAUAUUAUCCAUAUCUCUGUCUAUCCAUUUGUUCAUUUGUACCUUUAAGUAAAUGGGCAGCUAAGGGGCACGGUGGACAGAGCCCUGGGCUUGGAAUCAGGAAGACUCAUUUUUGUGAGUUUUGUGAGUUCAAACGUGCCUCAGCUUUUCAUCUGUAAAAUGAGUGAAAGAAAGAAAUGGCAAACCAUUCCAGUCUCUUUGCCAAGAAGAUCCCAAAUGGGAUCCACAAGAGCUGAAUAUGACUGAAACAACUGUACAAACUUUUAAGUGAAAGAUAAACUGAGAUUGCUAGUCUUGGCUUGUUGAUUUACAAGCUGCAUAUAUAAGCUUUAACAUAUAAUUGUACGCACAACAAAGAUUUAGCACAUAUAAGCUUAACAUGUAACACAUACUCUGUAAGAGAGAAAAUUCAGUGCAGCCAAUUCGGAGCUGUAUAAAGUGCAGGAAGUAUAAUUGGUUGGAAUUUAUUUAAAAAAAAAAAACCAGAAAAAAAUUUCCCCAUUUUCUUUUUUUCCUUCCAUUAUUUAAUGUUUUAUCUUUCCCCAGUUACUUUUAUUUUUCCCCAUUUACUCCAUUUUAUUCCUAUACAGAAGCAGAGCUGUGAUGAAACCAUAGUCUGAGGAGAAUUUCUGUUCUAGACUCUGGUAUGAGCUAUUUGCUUGGAAUUGUGUAGACUACUGGUCCAGAAUCGGAUUUACUCCAUUAGAAACACUAUGUCAUAUGCUGUGGUGACACAAGCUAAUAACUACUCUAGCCUUGGCCUAAGGUAGCUGAUAGGCAGGAGUUAAGUACCUUGAAAAUAAGGCCCACCUUGAAUCUUCAGGUAGCAGGAUAGAGCUCUUUUCAGAGGGUAACCCCAAUCCCAGUAUUCAGAUUUGGGGCCAAGACUGGUCUGAUUUGUAAGUUCAUUAAGGCUAAUAAUAGCUUAUUUGACCCUUUCAUUAUUUACUCAAAGAUAUUAUAAUCUAGAUGGACAAUACAUAUGAUCAUAGAUUUAGAAGUGAAAGAAACCUAGACUUCAGAAAUACUUUGAUCCACCCGCUCUUUUUUUUUUUAAAGAAGGAACUUAAUUAAAUUUUUUUUUCAAUUAACAAGCAUUUAUAUUUUCUCCCUCCCAUUUGUCCUCCCAUUGAGAAAGAAUGAAAAACAACCUCCUUGUAACAAAUAUGCAUAAUCAAGCAAAAUAGGGGCAUUUGACUAGGUCCAAAAAUGUGUCUGUCUUUCUACAUAAUUAGCCUGUUGGCUCUGUUAGGAGUGAGGUUGGUAUUCAUUGGUCCUCUGGAUUCUUAUUUGCUUAUUUUAUUGGUUAGAGUCCUCAAGACUCAAAAUUUUUCAUUUUUUGCAUCUUUAUUUUAGAAUAAAUCAUUCUUCUGGCCUUGUCUGGCUUGCUUCACUUUGCAUCAGUUUAUACAAGUUUUUUUCUAAAACAAUUCCUUUCAUCAUUUCUUAUAGCAGUUGUAUCCUGUUCCAUUCCUAAAACAUAACAUAUAUAACCAUCCCCCAAUUUUCAGACAACCUCUUAGCUCUUAGUACUUUGCCAUCUCAAAAAAAAAAGCUAAUAUAAAUAUUUUUGUAAGCAAUACAUACUUUUGUACAUAUGUAUUUUGUGCAUAAUAUUUUGUACAUCCUCCUUCAUUUUUUGGAAUGUUGGCUUAGUAGUGGUCUUGCUGAGUCAAAGGAUCUGUACAGUUUAGUGACUUGAGGACAUAGUUCCAAAUUAGUUUUCAGAAUGGCUGGACCAGUUCCCAGCUCUACCAACAGCGCUUCAAUGUGUCCUUUCCUGUUACUCCUCCCAAAGUUUGUCAUUUUCCAUUUUUUUUCUUUUGGUCCAAAGGAGGAAAUUGAAGGCCAGAGAGAUUCUGUAAUUUGCUUAAGAUCACACAGAGAUUAAGGAAAAAUGGAAGUCAGAUACAGGUUCUAGUGCUUGCAACUACAUCUUGAACUAUAGGUUCUGCUGAGAGGAAUCUCAAGGUCUCACUCUGAUUUUAAACAGCACCUGGGGCUUGGAAGCAGCAGCCGGCAGCCCUGCCCUGAUCAGGUGGGGCUGUCAGCAGACAUCACAGCAGAGACCUCCCAGGUGCUUGGGAUGACUGAGAGGUAACUGGCAUGGGAAGGGGGGGCUUCCUUUUGGGUAGACAUGGUUCUCUUUCCAGGAUUACCUCUUCUUCCUUCCUUCCUAAGCUCUCAUCACCACUGGGCCCUAUUUUUUCCUCCCCUUUCUGCUGAUAGGGGUCAAGGGAUGGUAGCUACAACAUGGAUUUAGAUUUAUUUACUAGGCCCAAGCUUCUCCCAUCCAACUGUUGUCCCAGACUAACUAAUUCUGGAUUAGUAGGACUAGAGCUAGAAAGAAGGAGCCCCAAGGGGUUCGGCCAGGGCUAGCAGGGCCCCCUUUCUGGCUGGAGUCUAGGGGUGAUGGUGGUGGCGUUUUUCCCAGGCUGCCUGCAUGGACUGCUGGCACCAAUGUCAACUCUUUGUGGGGAAUUUUCUUGUUCUUUGUUGAACUCAUGCUUGAGUUUUACCUUUAUAUAAACGUAUUGUGAUUUCUUUCAUUGGUUGAAUUUGAAUCUGUAACCCGGUUGGUUCAAAGCUGGUUUGUGGUACUUCUUACUAGUAUGAUCUAGGGACAAAUCAUUUAAUUUCCUCGGACCUCAAUUUCCUUAUCUGUAAAAUGAAAGGGUUGGUCGAGAUCGGGGUUUCUUUAACUUUUCCCACUUGAAACCCUUGUUUAAUUUUUUUAUUUUAAUAAAUUUUAUUGUUUUAUUUUCUGGUUAUACAUAUACAUUCGUUUAAAAAUACACAUUUCUUUAUGAAUCACAUUGGAAGAGAAUCAGAACAAAAAGGAAAAACGAUAAGAGGAAAAAAAAAAACAGAAAAAAAGGGGAAAAAAUGAACAUCAUAUGUAUUGAUUUACGUUGUCUCUAACUUGCAAUCCAAGAAAUUUUUAUGUGACCCCAGGCAUAUAGGUAUAUAAAAUAGGUAUAGAAAUCAAAUAUUUACUGAUAAUAAAUCAUAAUUUUGCAAACUUCACAUUCAAUUAGGAGACCCCCCCAUGGGAUCAAGAACCACAGUUUAAGAAGCUAGGUUGUAGAUGACUUCUAAGGCUUCCAGCUCAAAACUGACCUCGAGGUUUCAGAAAUGCUUACCUCUCCCCACCUGGUGGCAGAUUAGUAUAUGGUGGGAAAGAAGGAAAAGUUUGUCUAAUCAUUUAACAAGUGCAUAAUAACAAUUGAAGCUUUUAUGUUGCUUCACAGAUUACAAAAUCCUUCUACUAUAUCCUUGGGAGGUAGGUACUAGUCUUAUUUAACGGAUGACUUUAGGGAAGUUAAAUGAUUUUUCCAUGGUUUCACAGCUAGUAGUUAUCAAAGGAAGGGCAGAAGUCCUAGUCUCUUGCCUCUUUUCUCUCCAUUGCCUACAGAAUAAAGUCUCAAUGUCUUAUUCUGAUAUUUAAAGCCUCAGAGAAUCUGGUCUCAGUCAUGAUUACUGGUUUAGGGGUAGCAGGACCUUUAAGAGGCCACCUAGCUUAAGUCCUUCAUUUCACAGGUGAAGAUGUUGAGGUCUAGAGAAGGUGAAUGAUGGAGAUCUGGGAAGCCAGGUCCUCAGCCUGCUUUGCCAGGUAUCAUAGAAAUACAACAAAAACCCUAACCUCAAAGAAUCUUACAGAUUUAUAUAGGAGAAAGACACAUGAUAAGAGAUAUGAUAUAAGGAAAAGUGAAAUCCUCUAAAAGGAGAGUUAUUGGCAAAGUGUACUGAGGAUGGAGAACUCUUUUUUACCUGGAAUUUGGGAGGUGACCUCAGUGCUCAUUCAAUGUAGCCCUAUCGUUUACUUUUUUUCCAAAUAAAAGAUAAGUUUUGAACAUUCA